AAUAAAUGACUAGCUUAACAAUUUGACAGAACAUUACAAACUAAUUUCCUAAGCCGGAAGGUUUUUUAGAAGCAGUUUUAGAAAAUAUAAUUUUCUUAAGUGAGAAAUGUUCCGUAAUCAGUACGACAGUGACGUGACGGUGUGGAGCCCCCAAGGGCGGCUUCACCAGGUGGAAUAUGCCAUGGAGGCGGUGAAUUUGGGCUCUGCUACAGUGGGCUUGAAGAGCAACAGUCACGCUGUUCUAAUCGCCUUAAAAAGAGCGUCGUCUGAACUGUCUGCAUAUCAGAAGAAAAUAAUUAACAUCGACGACCAUAUAGGAAUUACCAUCUCUGGACUGACUGCCGAUGCUAGGAUCUUGAGCCGUUUCAUGCGGAAUGAGUGUUUGAAUUACAAGUAUUCCUUUGACACCUAUGUGCCACUCAACAGACUUAUUAGUUUACUGGGAAAUAAAAUGCAACUAUGUACGCAGCGCUAUGACCGUAGGCCGUUCGGCGUAGGGUUGCUGGUAGCAGGUUACGAUGAAAAUGGUGCCCAUAUCUACCAAACAUGUCCGUCCGCAAACUACUACGACUGCAAAGCUAUGUCCAUCGGAGCAAGGUCGCAGAGUGCUAGAACUUACCUAGAAAAGCACUUGGACGUAAUGUCUUCUAGUUCUCUCGAAGAACUUAUAAAACACGGUUUACGUGCCUUGAGAGAUACUUUGCCCCCAGAGGUUGACCUGAACACCAAAAAUGUGUCUAUCGGUUACGUGGGAGAAGACAAAGACUUUAAAAUUUUGGACGAGAAUGAAACGGCGCCUUACCUGGCACUGAUCGAGGGUGAGGAACGUAGGGGUGGUUCAGGAGCAGCCGCGGCUGCUAUCGAGGCGCAACCUGCUGAUCCCCUUCGAGAUGAUGCGGGGGACGAUGGGCCACAGGAUCCCGUGCCAGCCGUGGCGAUGGAUACAACCGAUUAGAUUUAUUAUCGUCUAAGGUGUAUUCCCGAGCUCUGCUUGGUUUUAUUACCCCUUUGUUUUGCGAGAUUAUUGGAACUCUGCCGUGGCUGUCUUGAUAGUAACGAGGCAGCCACGGCAGACAAGAUAAAAUUUUUAUACAAUUAUUGUAAGUAAUUCUUAAAUAAACACCUUUUUGCUUUCAACGUUUUAAAUAUA